AUGACUUUCAAAGUGGCGAGUUUCAUCUGGGCAUUGGCUGCAUUUACAGGACUGUCCCGUCAAUCCCCAAUACUGCACCGUCGCGACAAAGCCUCAGAUCCGUUGAGCUUCAGUAAAGAUGGCAGCUUCAAGAUCUCCAUCUUCGAAGAUCUUCAUUUCGGAGAGAACGCCUGGGAAGCAUUCGGCCCUGCUGCAGACAAGAAAACUGUCGGUGUCAUCACCAAGGUGCUAGAUGAUGCCAAGCCAGACUUGGUGGUACUAAACGGUGACCUCAUCACUGGAGAAAAUGCCUUUGCAGAAAACGCAACAUUCGUCCUCGAUCAGUUGGUGAAGCCCAUAGUCGAUCGGAGUAUUCCCUGGGCUAGCACUUACGGUAAUCACGACUAUCAGCAAAAUAUUACGGGGAGCGAUAUCAUGGCGCGCGAGAAACAAUGGCCAAAUUCUCGAACGCAAAAGAUGGUCAGUGGCUCCAACGCUGGGGUAUCCAAUUACUAUCUACCGGUUUAUGCUUCCGGCUGCACGAAAGACGAUUGUACGCCGGAGCUGGUGUUAUGGUUCUUUGACAGCAGAGGCGGUUACUAUUUCAUGCAGACUGGAUCGAAUGAUGCAGCGAAGUUGGUGGGCCAGCCCAACUGGGUCGACGAAAGUGUUGUCAACUGGUUCAAGUCCACCAAUUCAGAUCUCAACAAGAAACACAACAAGAACAUUCCGGGUGUCGCAUUUGUUUACAUCCUACCAAAGGCCUCGAGUGCUAUUCAAUCGCAGGGCAUCGACCCUGAGAAGAUGUCACGUAACAGGGAUAGUAAUCGCACCUCACAAGGUGCCCGUCACCGCUUACUUCGCUCUUAA